CUCAUCAGGAACACGUGUUCUUUUUAGUUGCAAGUACUAAAGUACUUCAAGCAUUUACCCGAGUGCUUUGGUUUGAUUUUGAUGAUGCUGGAUUUUCUUUUUCCCUUUUUGCUGCAAAACGCCAGCAGCAAAUUCAGCGCUGAGGAGCACGGAUGGGAGCGAUGUGUGAUAUGAAAGAGGAAAGAAGGUGCUUGCUGCACGCCCCUCAACCAAGCCCAUCUCCAGGACCCCGCAGCUGCUGCCUGAGUGGAGAUACGACCGGACCCAGCGCGCUGUGCUGCCCCGGAGCUCGACUACAGCGGCGUACAGCGCGGGACUCCAGUUCCCGGCGUGCCGCGCGGCCCCUGUCUCACUUCCGGCGUCGGGCGGAAGUUGUGUGCGCGCGGUGAGCAUGGCGGCUCCUGAAGCGGCGGAGGAAAAGGCGCGGCGUCCCGGCAAGAAGAAAGCGGCCAAAGUUGAUGAGUCUGAGCUGCUCACUGUGCCGGAUGGAUGGAAAGAACCAGCGUUUACCAGGGAAGACAAUCCCAGAGGGCUGCUGGAAGAAAGCAGUUUUGCAACAUUAUUCCCCAAGUACAGAGAAGCCUACCUGAAGGAGUGCUGGCCGCUUGUCCAGAAAGCCCUGAGUGAGCAUUACGUGAAUGCAACGCUGGAUCUAAUUGAAGGAAGCAUGACAGUCACUACUACCAAGAAGACUUUUGAUCCAUAUGCGAUCAUCAGGGCUAGAGAUUUAAUAAAGCUUCUAGCAAGAAGUGUUCCCUUCGAACAGGCAGUUCGUAUUCUUCAGGAUGAUGUUGCGUGUGACAUCAUUAAAAUAGGCUCUCUAGUGAGGAACAGAGAAAGUUUUGUGAAAAGAAGAGGACGGCUUCUUGGGCCAAAAGGAUCUACUCUGAAGGCCCUUGAACUGUUAACCAACUGUUAUAUUAUGGUGCAAGGCAACACUGUUUCAGCUCUUGGACCUUUCAGUGGGCUAAAAGAGGUUAGGAAAGUUGUUCUGGAUACAAUGAAGAAUAUACAUCCCAUAUAUAACAUUAAGACUUUGAUGAUCAAACGUGAAUUAUCAAAAGAUCCUGAACUGAGGACACAAAAUUGGGAAAGAUUUUUGCCUAAGUUCAAGCGGAAGAACUUGAAAAAACGCAAGGAGCCAAAGAAGAAAAAUAUUAAGAAGGAGUACACACCAUUCCCACCUCCGCAGCCAGAAAGCCAGAUUGAUAAAGAAUUGGCAAGUGGUGAAUACUUCUUGAAAGAAAGCCAGAAGAAACGAAAGCGAGUGGAAGAAAUAAAGGCAAAGCAAGCUGAUGCAGUCAAGAAGAGACAAGAGGAAAGAAAUAAAGCUUUUAUCCCACCAAAGGAAAAGCCAGUUGUGAAAGCAAAGAAAGCCUCCACUGAGAAAAAAAUUGAUAUUGAAGCCAUCAAGGAAAAAGUAAAGAAUGCGAAGAAGAAGAAAUUAGGAGCACUUCCUAUGGAAGAAGUCAAGUUAAAAAUGGCAGCAGAUGAAAAGAAGAAAAAAAGAAAGUAAUUCACCACUCAUAAUGCUCACUUUUCUCCUACAAUAAUGAACAUUUUCACACUUAGAACAACUGAGAUGUGGAGUAAACCACUUCUUGCUGUCAGUGUAGUGUGGAUAAGAAAACACUAGGCAGAAAGAUUGUUCUCUUUUCACAAGCCCAUUUUAAUGAAUGGACCUAGAGCAGCUAUGCAAAAUUGUCAAAGUUGGUGUACAAAAUCUGCUCUCUCAUAUUUUUUGAGAAAGUGAGAGUGUGUUUGGGUAAUAUCUGUCUGCCUGAAGGAAGUUUCAUAUUAGAAACAUUCAGGAGUUUAAUACAGAAUGUGAAACAGUAAGGAUUGAAGAACUCAGUGGGAGUUAAAUGGAGUACUUCUAUGAAAAGCUACCAAAUAACUGUCAAGAUAGGCAAGAUUUAUUACUUUUAUUAAGCUUUUACUUCUGUACAAGCUGGGUUUUUUGAGUGUCUUGUUUUGGUGUUAAUAAACUAUUUUAAUAUAUUGUCGUUAAAUCCUUUAAUUAGUCAUCUACUGCAAAACCUACAUCUUUUGAUCUUGCUUCCAGGAAUACUGCUUUGUGUGAGGAUUAGACAACCAUAAUCUUAAUUGAAUGCCAUUAAUAAAUUGUCAUUUAUUAGCAUUAUCUUGUUAGGCAGAAUGUGACACAAAGCAAGUGUGCUGCAGGGAAAACAUAAAUGUUGUUACCUUUCUUUAAAUGUGUUCUUAAUUCAUUUCUUACAAGAAAUGAGAACUUAAGUUCCUUUUAACUUUAUUCAGCCCCUUCCCCUUUUUUGAAGGAAGUACAGAGGUUCUUAGUUUCCUAAAAAUGGAAAUUAUGAUGAAAUAGAGUGCACUAGAAAAGCAGAUGUUACUUAGUUGAUGCAUCUGAGGUUCAAGAAGCAAAUGUAACAGUAAGUAGGUGGUCAGGCCACACCAGUUUCAUGACCGUGUUUGAGUGCUUUGCCAGACUUUGGAAUUCUGAUCACUUGCACAUGUGGUAAAGAUGAUUAUGCUAGAACACUGCAGCUCACUUUGCUGAGGUUAGUAACCUUUUAUUUCAGACUGGUCAGUGAAAACACAGCUGUUUUCUUUGUUACAUGUUUAAAUAAAAAUUUAGAAUGUAUGUUAAA